GGCCAUGUCGACCACUAUAUAAAGUUGACAGAGGUAAACAGAGUUGCAGUGUUAGCAACAUGGCGGUUCUGAAACAAGUGUUAUUGGUGGUGGUAGUGGCGGCGUGGUGUGAGGCAGCUUCGAUGGCGCCGAGCGAUCCCUGCUUCAACUACGACAACAAGGCCCAGGCCGAGAAGAAGCUGAAAGACAGCAGCAUGGAGAGUGGAGUAGCAUGGCAUCGUCCGCAAUCUGCGACUUCCCGCGUCGAGGAGGAGUUGAUGCAGAAGAGCGCACGAGCGCUCAACUCGACCACCGACCCUCUGGAGCGACUGCGUCUGCUGUGCCUCUCACGCGGCGCCUCGGGAAUUAUGGGUCUGGGCAGGAUUUUCCGAAGAAUGGACGAUGACGGAAGCAAACAACUUAACAAGGAAGAGUUUUUCACGGGCAUUAAAGACACUGGACUGGACAUUAGCGAUGAGGAUGCAGAGAAACUGUUCGCUCAGUUCGACAUAGACAAUAGCGGUUCCAUUAGCGUCGAUGAAUUCAUCAGACAGAUUCGUCCUCCGAUGAAUGAGGGCCGCCGUGCUAUAGUCGAGCGGGCGUUCAAGAAACUGGAUAAAACUGGAGAUGGGAUCAUUGCCAUAGACGAUCUCCGUGGCGUGUACGCGGUCUCUGCAAACCCGAGGUACAAGAGUGGUGAAGAGACCGAAGAACUGAUCAUGAACAAAUUCCUAGCUAACUUUGAGAGCGAGGGGACCGUUGAUGGCAAGGUAACGCUUGAGGAGUUCAUGAACUACUACAGCGGCAUCAGCGUGUCCAUCGACAACGAUUGCUUCUUCGAUCUCAUGAUGCGGCAGGCCUACAAGCUCUAAAGAUCGAACCAGAAGCAUGGAC